UCGGGUCUGGGCCAUUCCCCCAUCAAACCGAAUCCCCACGUCCUCUGACCUCGUUCCCCACCCGAAUCCGCCGCCGCCGCCGCCGCCGCCAGAACUCUCGCGUGGCGAUGAUAUCAUCGGAGAAACUCUGUCUUGGAGCAGACGGGAACGGCCUUUCCCAUCCCGACGCCGGGUACCUCGACAGCGUCUGCGCGGACCUGUCCGACUUGGGAUUGCCGUCGGACAUGGGCCAUGAUCUGCGGGAGGAGAAGACGGAGUCCCUUGUCAAGAUCGGCGAUUCACAUCCGUGUCCAAUUGGGCGUGACGACGUCUGUCUAGACGACAUGUUCGAUGAUAUCUUCGGGGACUGGCCGCUCACGGGCGAUCCAAUUCUGUGGGAUGACAUCCGCUCAGAGAACAGCGACGAUUACGUCGUCCCAGAUUCCGAUGAAGGUGAUAGGUUCGCAGACGUGAAAACAAAUUGCCCAGGGAGAAACAUUCCCAGGCAGCUAGCAAAGAAAAUGGACAACGCAUGGCUAAGGAGCAUCGCGGAACAGAACGAGAAAUACGACGCGCGGUGCCAGGAGAUCCUGAGCCAGAACGAGGAUGCCGAUCUCCCUCCUGUUCCACUAGAUGUGUUCCCUGAGGCAACAGGUUUAUGCGUGGAAAGGGGUUGCUGCUACCACAUUGAAUACAUGACCCAUGACACUUCCACCACUAAUUCAGAUCUCGGAUAUAGCGGACCAGAACUGAUGCUACAGAUAUUUUCUCUGCGUUUAUCAAGCUUUUCUGCAUCCUAUUCUUACCCCAUCAAUGUCUAUGGAGUAUUCGCUGUUCGGGAUGUACUGGAGCCUCUGCGGAACCAUGUCUUCAACCGUUCCAGAGAUGACCCUGUCACUGUUGACCAGGAUCCUUUUACCUUGGCACUCUGUAGCCCUUGUCGAGGAAUGUACAUACCAUAUGACCAAGUAUUGCUAGAAGUUGAUCUCUGGAUAAAAAAGGAAGGGGAUGGGUCAGCCGACCAAAAAUUACUUUCCAAAUACCUUGAGCUCGAUGUCCGAACAGAAGGCGACGGGUUUAUAUAUGGUUGUAUCCCUGGGGACAGUGUCAGCUUGGAAAUAGACUGUGCGUACCUCACAGAGAGUGUUGAGGCAGUGAUCGAGGUCUAUGCAGAGGUUAGCCACCCUUGCCAUGUGAGAUUCGUCGCUUUCAGCAGUGGCUAUGACGAUGAGAUUGUGCUCUUCGACGGAAAAUUCUCUGGGGAAAAGCUUUUCAAGCAUGUUGUUGCUGUGAAGGCAGAGAGAGAACUGAAGGUUCAGUUAGAGGUGGAGAAAUCAGUUUUCCAGUGGAUUUUUCAGGGUGGAAAUGCCGGACCUCUUAGCUUCCCCGAUGACUCGAUGUUGAAGUAUGGCCAGUUUGAUGUGGGUGUGUGUUUUUAUCCAUCGACGGGCUAAGUCAAACGUACCGUGAUCGGCUGAAAACAAGUGAUGUGCUCUAAUGUUUGUGUUUUAGGAGUUGAAUUUAAGUAGCAAUUGGAUUUCCUUUUGUGCCCUCGUGACAAAGCGGUCUGAAGUUUGGGUUUUAGCUUUUGUUUAUGAUCCAGAUAUGUUGAAACUGUAGCAGAAGUCCAAGGUAUGCAUGACUCUGGCGUGAUCCUGAACUCCAGAUAUGUUAAGCUGAGGGAGAUGUUUAAGGUCUGACUUGUAUGUUAAACUGCCAGGAGCCUGAAAAUGUUUUAUAUCCUACUAGUACAAAUGCCCGUGCGUUGCACCGGGCAAUAAAAGGGGCACAGCCUGCUUCAUGUGCUAUUUUGCAUCAUUUUUA